UAAACUAAAGCAGCGUCUAUCUCCCCUGUUCGCUCCUCCUCCAUCUUCUAAACCUAAAAAACAAACAGCCGACUGACUAUCUUCGAUUCAGCAGGGAGGGAGGGAAGGUAAGGUUCAAUCAGCCAGCCAGCAGAUAAGGUGCCAUGGCCUUGCUGUUCAAGGAUCCAAACAAGAUUUCUGCAUAUCGUGACAGAAGGUUUCCAGGAACACAAGACGAAUAUGAACACACGCUCCAAACUUCAACCACCGUCUAUAUUGGCAACAUGUCUUUUUACACUACCGAAGAACAACUCUAUGAAUUGUUUUCUCGAGCAGGAGAAAUUAAAAAGAUUGUUAUGGGUUUGGAUAAGAACACCAAAACGCCUUGUGGCUUCUGCUUUGUCAUGUACUACUCUAGGGAAGAUACAGAAGAUGCUGUGAAAUACAUAAGUGGGACCAUUCUUGACGAUCGUCCGAUUCGUGUAGACUUUGAUUGGGGAUUCCAAGAUGGAAGGCAAUGGGGUCGUGGUCGAAGUGGUGGACAGGUGAGGGAUGAAUAUCGCACGGAUUAUGAUCCUGAUAGAGGCGGUUAUGGAAAAUUGGUGCAGAAAGAGUUGGAAGAACAAAGGCAGGUGGUAGAUUAUGGGGUCGGAUCAUUGGGAUCGUUUCAGCCACCUCAUAUGGCUCACAAUUAUGGAAGGCAUGGAGGUGGCGGUGGUGGUGGUGGUCAUGGGGGGUCCUACCGGCAUGGUAGAGGAGAUUACCACCGGAAGAGAUACCGUGAAGAUGACCGUCGAGGCCCAGAUGUCUCCAGGAGGAAUUCUGAAGAUGAACCUAGAAGAAACUCUGAUCAUGACUCUAGACAGGAGAGAAAUCCACGUUUCCGUGAGCACGGUGACUCAGAUGACGAGGAAGAUGACCGGAAACGACAGAAGUAAAUGGAAUCUGUUCAUUGGUUAUUAUCGUUCUAGGUGAAUUUGUUGAAACAUUUCCUUUUUGUACAACACCGCUAAGAUCUAUUAGUCUGAAAUAUCUAGGAAGAGAAAAAAUGAAUGAAUUUUUAGUGGCACUUGGUUUGCCGAAUGUUUUGUAAGGAAUUGGAAAUUUGAUGGAUUUGAAAUGAUUUCCAACAAAAAGAAACAAUAA